UUCAAUUGAUUAACGUCAAUAGCCUGGUGGGCCUUGAACAUUAAAAAUAGCUCACGCACAGGAAAAAUGUGGUUUAGUUUGUCCAAAUGCGUUCCUCACAGUUGUUUGUUCCUAAGCAACAGAGGCGCCUCGCGCGUGCGUCAUUUCCUCCAGAGCGCCGGGUCGGUAUCUCAUUACGGACUCAGUAGUAGCGACAAGCAAUCCGAGCGAGCCACACUGACCAGACGCGCUGCUCUUCUGAGCGCAGCUGGCAAACUUUAAACGUUCUUGCUGUGUUUUAGUUUCUUUCUCGGAGCCGGACGCGUCUCUCCACCCGUUUCUCAUCGCACAGUGUGUUACCAAAAGGAUUAAAGUCACUAUAACGGACGUCAAAUCCUCGCGGGACUUAAUUCGGGUUUGUUGUUUGCCUUUGGAAGAACAGUGUACUUUUUCCACUAUUCAAAGUGAUUAUUAAACCAAUUUCAUUAAUAAUCAAAAGUUUCGAAACUGCAUUGCACUAGCUAUUCUGCGUUGUUAGUUUGAAGACUCAACUCAGCAUGGCUGCUCUCACCACUGGUUUAACGCACGAAUCGCGGUGCGCUUCUGUUUUUAGCAAGAGGCAGUGACCGUGCUCUGUUCCUAAUGCCUGAUGUGAAAUCCCCCUGUGGUUUUGAGGUGUCCGAGAAUGAGCACGGAUCUGGAGCGCGCUUCUCUCAAGUCGGGCGCGAACUCCCUGGGCUCCGGUGGCCGCGCGCUUUCCGUUAACGUCAAGAAGUUGCACAACGCGCUCAACGUGCUGCUCGACGACUUCGAAAGGGAGCAGUUCAUCCACUGUCUCAACGUUUACCACGCCAAACGCAAUGUCUUUGAUCUCGUGCAGACUCUCAAAGUCAUUCUCAACACACCCAACAAGCGCCAACUCUUACCCAUGCUGCGCCUGGUCAUACCCCGCUCGGACCAGCUGCUGUUCGACCAGUACACAUCGGAAGGGCUUUAUCUGAAGACGGAUCUGCUGGCAGCCAGUGUCAAGCACGAGUGCUCGGAAGACCUCAGCAGCACGAACGCGCAUGCUGGAGCAUCCUCCGUGCACAUUCUGCACGAGUCCGAGCAGACCGGUCCUAGUCACGGAUCCGUGCGCCAGGCUCUGGUUUUCAGCACCGCGGCUGAGGGGACAGCGCCAGCGCAGAUGCAGGAAGCGCCUGAUGAAAUCCGUCAAGUUACGCUGAAAAGGAGCAAGAGCCACGAAGGCCUGGGAUUCAGCAUACGGGGUGGGUCAGAGCAUGGAGUUGGCAUCUAUGUGUCUUUGGUGGAGCCGGGAUCAUCCGCUGAGAGAGAGGGGCUCAGAGUUGGAGACCAGAUCAUGCAAGUCAAUAACAUGGUGUUUGACCGAGUCACUCAUGGAGAGGCAGUAAAGGUAUUGAAAGGCUCUAAGAAGCUCUCCAUGUCGGUCUGUUCUAUGGGACGGAUCCCAGGUGGUUACGUGACCAAUCAUGUGUACACAUGGGUGGACCCUCAGGGCCGCAGUGUGUCCCCACCACCAGACUUGCUGGAGCAGCAUGGCUCAGGAGGAAGACACUCGGACAUCCAGCAACAUGGCCACACACACAUUCGGCACGAGGGUGCUGAGAAGAAGGUGAAUAUCUCACUGGAUGAUGGGCGAUCUCUGGGUUUGAUGAUCCGUGGAGGUGCUGAGUAUGCUCUGGGCAUUUAUAUCACCGGAGUGGACCGAGGGUCUGCUGCAGAGUACAGCGGACUAAAG